AUGAAGACUUUCUUUAGUGCCACCUUUACACUCAGCCUUAUUAUAGCUGAAAUCGCGGGUGAUAUUCCGGGCUGUGAUUACUUUGAUACCGUCGAUCUAAAGAACAGCAUACAACUCACGAAUGGUUCCUUUCUGUAUAGAGACAUUCUAAUUCCAAAAGAAAAGACUGGAAUAUUCAACUAUAAAAUUUACUUCGAUGGAAGACUCGAUGUCGACGACUAUAUCCGUGGCUGUGUGUGCCAUAUAAAACCCUGCGUAAUAUUUUGUUGUGAUUCCCAAAAGUCCCAUGUGUAUCGGCCUUUGAAUAUAACCCUACUCAACGGUCAACAGGUGCAGAAGGAUCUGCUCAAGGACUAUAUUGUGCAAGUAGCUUAUGACUUCCCAUGUACAGCAUUCAGCAAGAGUGAUACGCAGACCCAGUGGACUCUAUUUGAGAAUGAAGCGCUAUACGUUCAUGGAGAUAACAAGAGCUUCACUAAGCAGCAAUAUUGCAUGUUCCCGUUUAAGGAUGGCAAUAAUAACAACGAUGACCAACUCGAGGUCGUGCUUAUUCCCGAGCCCCAGCCUAUAAAUAUAACGAAGCUUUCGGCACCCCACGCACUUAGAGUCCUUUCUGUGUUCUGCAUGGUCCUGACUAUUGCGAUCUUUCUAUAUGUAAAAAUGUAUCGGACGUUAUACAAUCAAUGCUGCGUGUGUUACUUCACUUGCCUUACCAUAAGCUUCCUCAUGGCUUUCGUGGAAUCGAUUCUGAACGCCCCCGCCGACUUUACUUAUAAAUCUUGCCUUGGAUUUGGUAAUGUCACAUAUUUCCUUAGCUUUGCAUUGGUUUACCUUAAAUAUUAG